AUGGCAAUCUUUAAUGAAGGCAACACACAAGAUUCAUCAAAUUUAUCUCCUCAACAAGAAAAUUCUUCAGCUUCAUUUAAUAUUAUAGAAACAUUAAAUAAUGAAUAUCAAUCAACAGGUGGAUUACCUUUACAUAUUGCUACUGGACCUGAGCCUGUUGGGGAAGGCUUUUUUUCUUGGCUUCGAUGGAGUAGAGCUUCAACCAGAAAAUUGGAAGGGGCUGAAACUCGUUUACUUGGAGGGGUUACUUCCUUUGUUACUAGAAAAUUUGUGCCGGUUCGUCUUUGGCAUAGUUCUGUCGCCACACUUACAGCAAAAUUAACAGCUGAGGCUUCAGAAAGUAAAUGUCCAUUUGUGCUUGUUCAUGGAUUUGCCGCUGGUAUUGGUAUUUGGGCUGCCUGUUUGGAUGAAUUAUGUAAGAAAAGAACCGUUCAUGCUUUUGAUAUUUUGGGCUUUGCACGCUCUAGCCGUCCUAUGUUUAGUGAGGACCCAACUCUGGCUGAAUUAGAAUUUGUCCAAUCAAUAGAGGAUUGGCGUAGAGCAAUGGGAAUUGAAAAGAUGAUACUUGUUGGGCAUUCUUUUGGUGGAUAUUUAGCUUCAUCCUAUGCAUUGGAGCAUCCUUCGAGAAUUCGUCAUUUGGUAUUGGUUGAUCCGUGGGGAUUUCCUGAACGCCCUCAUGUUGAACAGCGUCAUAUUCCUGUUUGGAUGCGUGCGUUUGGCAAAGUUCUCUCCACAUUUAAUCCUUUGGCUACACUGAGGGCGGCAGGACCAUUUGAUUUGGGUAUUCGAUAUUCUAAUCAGGAUCCGGAUGCUAUUUUUGAAUAUAUUUAUCAAUGUAAUGCUUUGAAUCCAACAGGGGAGAUUGCUUUCUCUUCAAUGACUAAACACUAUGGCUGGGCUCGUCGGCCAAUGAUUAAUAGAUUUAAUGGUAUCGAUCCGUCAGUUCCCGUCACAUUUAUUUGGGGAGGAAAGUCUUGGAUGGAUCCAGAUCCAUCAUAUGAAAUACAAGCACGGAGACAGGACACUUCUUAUGUGGAUGUUCAGAUUGUUUCCUGUGCCGGUCACCAUGUUUAUGCAGAUGCUCCAGUUGAAUUCUGUCGUUUAUUGUCACAAAUUUCAGAUACAGUUGAUGCAGAUGCUGAUUUACCUGAUUCGCCAGAAAGCUCCAGUAAUGAAUAAUUGUG